UAACACAUGUACUCCUAUAAUAGCGUAAGAAGAUACUUCAAUAAUUUAUGUUUAUCAGUUUAGGUGAAGCAGUGACGUUAUCAAUCCCCCACGAAACAAGUAAUAUGAUGUAAAAGUAGUUUUGAAUGAAUUGGGACUCCGAACUCUUCCAUUUUCCGAUACGAAGUCAUCUCCAAGAAUUUUUCUAGAAUGUCUGCUUUUAGUUGAUCCCUAUGUUGGCCGAAUGAUUCUACAAAUUUUGGCUAACAGGAAUAAUUGACAUUAACAAAGAUAAAAAUGUGACGUCUAACAUGUAAACUAAGGAUUAUAGGAGGUUGUAAAACGUAAAUAUUCCAAAUAUUCCAAUUGGUAUACUAUAAUCUUUUCCUGGGAAGUGCAAAAUCACUUCUGUCUAAGAUUUUACGAUACCGUCUUAUAAGAUAGUGGCCUCUCAUCAUGUCCGAUGAGGAAGUACAUUACAAGAAAAAGCAGAAAACAAUACAUUAUGGUUCGCCAGAAGGAGCCGGAGGAGGACCACUAGAAGAAGAGGAUGAUCAUAGUAAUGAUUCACAAACAGAAACGCUUCAAGCAGCCCAUAUUCAAGAACCAAAUGAAUAUAUGGAUCUUGAAAACUCUAUGUCUAGAGACAAGCAGGCUUUGCUAGAGGAAUUUGAAAGGAGACGCAAAGCUAGAUCAAUAAAUGUAUCAACAGAUGAUGGGGAAGUGAAACGAAACUUGAGGCAACUUGGUGAACCAAUUUGUUUGUUUGGAGAGGGACCUGCAGAAAGAAGAAGUAGAUUAAGAGAUAUUUUGAGUCGACUAGGUGAAGAUUCUGUUAUACGAAGAGAAGCAGAGGAAGAAAGGAAAUUAUUUGAGAAAGACCAUGAACAAACAUGGUACCAUGAAGGGCCAGAAUCUUUAAGAAUUGCGAGGUUAUGGAUUGCUGAAUAUUCAUUACCCAGAACUAAGGCCAGACUUGAAGAGGCUCGUGCUGUUUUAGAAUUGCCUUCCACAACUAAAACUGCCAAGUUGCAAGAGUUACAGAAAAAAUUGCAUGCCAUGUCAAUUUACUCAAGUCAGAUUGGAGACACCAGACCAAUUUCAUAUUGUUCAUUUAGUCCUAAUUCAAAAUUUUUGGCAACAGCUUCAUGGAGUGGUCUUUGCAAUGUGUGGUCAGUACCCGACUGUCAGUUAAAACAAACACUGAAGGGACAUACAUGUAAUGUAGGAGCAAUAGUAUUUCACCCUAAAGCCACAAUAUCACAAGAAGAAACCAUUUGCAAUAUGGCCUCAUGUGCUGCAGAUGGAUCAGUCAAAUUAUGGGAUUUUAAUAGUUCUGAACCCAUAGCAGACAUUGAAGGACAUGUUCCACACAGAGUAUCAAGAAUAAGUUUUCAUCCAUCAGGAAGAUUUCUUGGCACUUGUUGUUUUGAUAAUUCUUGGCGUUUGUGGGAUUUAGAACAAUGCACAGAAGUUUUGCAUCAGGAAGGUCAUGUCAAGCCUGUGUAUUGCAUAUCUUUUCAAAUUGACGGAUCUGUGUGUGCAACUGGGGGAUUAGACGCAUUUGGAAGAGUGUGGGAUUUAAGGACUGGUAGGUGCAUAAUGUUUAUGGAAGGACAUCUGAAAUCCAUAUUUGGAAUUGACUUUUCACCAAAUGGAUAUCAAAUAGCGACAGCAAGUGAGGACAAUAGUUGCAAAAUAUGGGACCUGAGGAAGCGGUCACCCCUUUACACAAUUCCGGCACAUAACAACUUAAUAUCUGAUGUAAAGUUCCAAAAAAAUGAAGGCCAAUUUUUAGUGACAGCUUCCUAUGACAAUAAAGUGAAAUUGUGGAGCAAUAGAACCUGGCAACCUUUAAAGACACUAUUAGGUCAUGAUGGAAAAAUUAUGUCCUGUGAUAUUUCACAUGAUAGUAAUUAUAUUGCCACAAGCUCUUAUGAUAGAACAUUUAAAUUGUGGACUCCAGAAUUUAAUAAUUAA